AUGGCGGCGGGCGGCGCGGAGCGGUACUUUACGCGCUGGUACAAGCCAGACGUGAAGGGGCGGCCGUGCGAGGACUUCUGCGUGCUGCAGCACUCCAACAGAAUCUGUGUCAUCACCUUGGCAGAAGCCCAUCCUCUUCUUCAAAGUGGAAAAACAAUUAAAAGCAUUAAUUACCAAAUCAGCGCCAACUGUAGCAGACUCCAGAAUAAGGUCUCUGGGAAGUCAAAAAGGGGAGCUCAGUUUUUAACAGAACUUGCCCCUCUGUGCAGGAUAGCUUCAUCAGAUGGAGAGGAAUACACCAUUUAUAGUUGCAUACGAGGGCGACUGAUAGAAGUAAAUGAAAACAUUCUUAGCAAUCCCGCUAUUCUGCAAGAAAAGCCAUCAACCGAGGGAUACAUCGCAGUGGUUCUACCCAAAUUUGAAGAAAGCAAGAGUGUAACUCAAGGACUUCUGACACAGAAGGAGUACGAGGAAGUUUUGUUGAAACGUCUUAAUUCUUCUUCAUGAAAUUAAUUAUACAGUUAUCA